AUGGCCUACCCACCUUACAAACGUUCCGCUGAAAAGAAAUCAGGGCAAUAUGUUUUUGACAAUGAUGCUAAUCCUUUUAUGAGAUCUAGUUCGUCUUCGACCAGUGUUCCACCUCUUUUUCAAGAUUCUCGACUAGGAAAAUUAUCAGAAGCUCGAGCAAAGAUUGCUGAACUUGAGCACGCAAAAAAUGAUUUGGAUCGAAAAAUUACUAGAUUAGAGACAGAAAAACAAAGUUCAGAGCUUCAAGUUAAAGAACUGAAUUUAAAAAAUGAGCAAACCUCUGUCCGUGAAGCAACAAGGCUCCAAAAUGAAAUUAACAAAUUAGCUCAAAACCUACAAGAGAUUAGGAACAUUAGUCAAUCGAAAGAAAGUGAAUCAAACCGGACGAUCAAUACAUUACAAUCUGAAUUGACUAGGCUAAAUCACCAUAUUCUGCAACAAAAUGAAAUUUCUACAUCAAGACAAGCGAUUUUAUCGCAAGUUCAAGAGCAAUUAAUUGAAGCUGAGCAGAAAUUACAAGAAUUUAAUCAACUUUCUUCCCAACUGGAUGACUUUAAACACCUCAAAAAACAAAGCCAAGAACAAUCAUUAUAUAUCCAGAAUUUAGAAAAAAGUAACAAUGACUUGAAAAAUGAAUUGGAACGUUUGAAGGAAUUAUCUCCAAGUAUUCAGAUUCUUCAACAAAAGGUUGAGUCAUCUGAAUAUCAGCUUUCUCUCAUGAGGUCGCUUCGUCGCCAAGCUGCCGAAUUGGAAGCCGAAAAUGCUGCGGCAAGUUACUUGGAUCAGGAAAAGGACAAAAUCAAUAUUAAUUCACCUUACAAACUUUGUAAAGAGCUUGCGUCGAGACGAAUUGAAAUCAAUAUGCUUGAAGAAAAGGUGGGCCGCUUAGAAGAACAAAUAAAAAGUCGGGAUAUGAUAAUUUCCGAAAAUGAAUAUAAAAAAUCAUAUGAUAAAGAAGAGCAACACCUACAAACAAAUUAUGAUGAGCAAAAAAUUGAACGCAUUCAAGUAUUGGAAAACUUACUCACAACGUACAAGGAAGAACUUGAACAAAUAUCCGCCCAAUCACAUAAUAACCAACAGCUAGAAGAUCAAUCUGGUCCUUCUGAAAUAAACCCUCAUACGGUUGAAGUUUUACGUCGUAAUGAAGAAUUACAAGCAAUCAUUUAUGACCUGAAAAAUGAAAAUGUUAAUCUAAAAAAAGAGGUUACUUCUCUACAAAUGCAAAUUACUGUUCUUGAGCAAAAGGAUCUGAAAAUACAUUCGUCAGAGUUGAUCAAACAAAAUGAAAUUCUACAAGAAACUAUAAAUGACCUUAAAAAUGAGAAUUUAUCAUUGCGAAAACAUGCAUCUUCUCUCGAUCAACAGGUUUUUGCUUUAGAGAAAGCAGUGGGUAGAGGCGAAUAUAACCAAGAAACAACGCGAGUUUUAGAAUUGAAAGAUAAUCCUUCAUCGAGAGAUUAUGCUAUUCGUCAAAGCACUUUAGAUGCAUUAAAAACUGAGAAUAAUCAACUUUUAACAAAACUGAAAGAAUUACAAAAAAUGCUCGAAAACAAUCACACAACACAAGUAGAAACGAUGGAUGAUAAUGAUAAUUCUAUCAUCAAUGUAAUACCGACCCAAAGUUUUACGAAUCUUGAAAACGAGAAUAAGCAACUCGUAGAACAAAUCGCAGAGAAAGAAAAAAGAAUAUUAAGGCUAAAAGAGGUUUGGAAAACUAAGGCUCAAGAAUAUAGAGAAGCAGUGUAUAGCCUUCUUGGUUAUAGGUUUGAUUUUCUUGAAAAUGGCCGAGUUCGUUUAACAUCCAUGUAUUCGGAACAAGAUGAUCAAUCGUUCAUUUUUACGUCAGAUGAGAAUGAUUGUGGUACUAUGCAAUUGGUUGGAGGAAAUUCAGAAUUUAUUAAGAGUUUAGAUCAUCUUAUAAAAUUUUGGGUAGUUGAACGUAGUUCUAUACCAUGUUUUUUAAGUAGUCUCACGAUGAAACUAUUCGAAAACACGACAUCUGGACCCGUUGGUAGGGAUAUGGACAUGAGUAUAUGUAGUACAGUUAAUCAAGAAAGUACAACCGAAUAA